CUCCCUAUGGCUUUUAAGACUCACUCAUACGUCCAAUCAUCAUAUGAAUUGCCUGCGAUGGCUCAGAUGAGAAAUGUGUAAAAUAUUCUGUUUUAGGGUGGAACUUCCCAAGAUGGGACUGGAUUCGUCACCUGACAAGACUACAACCAGCUGGGUAAACAUGGCGCCUGUCUCUGGGAACUACAUGUAGCGCUUCUGUCUAUUAACGGUGUUUCUGUCGAACCAACGUCCUGAACACAGGGACGUGCUGCAAAAGACGCAUGGAGACAUGAAGGAGACACGGACGGAGGCGCUUCUCUGAUGCUGUUUCUAUUUUUCUCGCAGUGUACAGCAUGAAUGGUCCGAUGCCUGCGCGGACCUCCUGAUCGCGCAACAUAAUUGCUUUCAUUAACAAAGACACUGAUUUGUGUUUCCGUCGAGGUUUAUACUCUUGGCGUACAUGACAAAUAUCGAUGUUCUUGAUCAAUGGACUCUGUGCUGCAGGGGUGGAGCUGAAUUUGGGACCACUCUUCUCUGGGACCCCCCCUUUUUUUAAAUGACAUAAUCAGUAGGACAUUAUCAGGUAGAUAGGGUGGACCCUCUUCAUCUCUGGACCCCUAGGAUCUCCAGCACUUUUAACCACACAAAACAAAUGUGCAGCAGGAUGGUCAGUCUGACUGCACUCCCCGUUGCCGCCCUCCCCCCCCCGUUCACUGACUACUGGUUUAUGACCGUGCUGCACUGUGCGUUGUGUUGCUCAUGCCUUGCUCAACACCACCAUGAUAGGCUCACCUGACGUGGUGGCGUUCACUAAAGAGGACGAGUAUGGGCAGACUCCGGACCCCUGGGCUCUCCCCGAGGAGUUCUCCUUCCCUCUCCAUCCGCUGGCUGACUCAAACCCCUGGGCCAAGACCUCCUACGCCAAGUUCACCAAAGACUUCAUCCUGAUCUCUGAGUUCUCCGAGCAGGUGGGCCCCCAGCCCCUCCUCACCAUCCCAGAUGAGCCCAAAGUCUGCGGCACCUUCGAUCUCAACUACUUCUCCCUGCGCAUCAUGUCCGUGGACUACCAGGCCUCUUUUGUCGGACAUCCACCUGGCAGUGGCUACCCUAGGCUCAGUUUUGUGGAGGACUCCAAGGUGGUGCUGGGCGACUCAAAGGAGGGGGCGUUCGCCUACGUCCAUCACCUCACUCUUUACGACCUGGAGGCGAGGGGCUUUGUGCGACCGUUCUGUAUGGCGUACGUGUCGGCAGACGAGAGGAAAAUAAUGCUGCAGUUUCAGGAGCUGUCACUCUGCUUCUCGCGGGCCUCUGAGUGCUUGAAGGCCGGGAACCGGAGAGCAUUCGCCAAGGAACUCCAGAGGAAGCUCCGGGACCUGGAGUACACUCACUCCGUGCUGCAGAGGGAAGAGGGCCUGCAGAGGGAGGCGGGGCCUCAGUGUAUGUACUCCGCUCAUGCUGUUGAGAAGGCCAAUGAGCUUGCAAAUGUGGAGAAGAGCAUCUAUGAACACAGAGACCUGUUGAGGCAGAUCAGCUCCUACCAACACCGCCCACGCAGAGACCCUCACGCUGUCACCUGCCAGAAGUGUGUCACUGAGUGCUUGAGUGAGUGCGAGCAGCUGUUGGACAAAUACGCCAAGCUCGCCAAGCCCUUCCGUUACACCGACCAACGGGGGAACAGGGAGGAGGGUCAGGACCAGGUUGGCGAUGAGGGAGGUGGAGAAGAAAUGGACGAGGGGGAAGACGAGGGCGUAAAGCGCAGGUCGUCCUACACGCCACAGCUGAUCAAGGCUAAGUCAGCAAAGUGCUUCGACAAGCGGCUGAAGACCCUGCAGGAGCUGUGUGACAAUACUUUCUACGACGCUACCGUGGAGGUCCUGAAAGAGACGGAGAGGAGUUUCCGGGGCGACCUGUGUUACCUGCACACUCGCCGCCUGGACAGGGUAGUGCGCAGGAAUCUGAGAGUUACCAAUUUCCUUUUUGAGGAGGACCUCGGAGAUGAGGAUGAGGAUGAAAGAGGAACAAUAAGGCCAUUUUGCGCUGUGAACCACGCUGUAGAUAACUUUACACUGUUAAACCCACCUCCUAUUGUGCUAGGACCAGAACCGCCUCCAGACCCGUUAGACGCAGCCGCUGUGACCAGCCACACUCUGGAGAGCGAGCUUGGGCUUGUGGAGAGCCAUCUGGAGUCCUCCCCUUCAGACCAGACUCUGGAGACCCAGGGCAGCUCGGAAGAGACAAAAGGAAGCUUCAGCAGCGAUAAGAGCGGGAUGGGACUCGCAGAGAGGGACCAGAAUCAGGCUUGUAUGAAGUCCGAAGCCCCUGAUUCUGACUUGACCCCUGACCCCGACCCGGAGAGGGAGAGCAGCAGCGAAGAGAUGGAGACCACUGCCGGAGAGGACGAGGGAGACGGGACACCCGUGUCCUUGCUGGAGGUGGUGUCGGAGCUGGAGGCCCGCAGGGAGGGUGAUUGUGAUGGUGCAACUGAUGAGCCCUGUGAGAUGCAGUCUGACUUGUUGGUUCCUUUGGACACCGCGUGUUGUAUGGCCCAAGAUGGUUUCCUUUAUGAGGCUUCUGCCCCAGAGGCGGUGCCUUCUCUCGGCCAAAGCUCCCACCUACAGCCCUACCAAACACUGGUGAUCAACCAGGAACCCCAGGCCCUGCUUCACCUCCAGGACGACUACGCGGUGGGCGCCCCAUCCUCAGGAAGCCCCGCGGCUGGCCUGGAGCUGCCUGUGGGACUCCUCGGAGAUGAAGUUUCCCAAACCUCGGUGGAGGACGGGUGUGACUCUGCCAUGAGUGCUUCUACGGGGUCCGAUCAGGCUGCCUCACCUCUGGGCUACGGGGGGGUUGUGACCCUGCGUCAGAGGAAGAAGGCUGGACAAGGAGCCUUGAGGUUUGUCAGACAGUACCCCUUCGCCAUUCAAGCUCUGUGGUGCCUGCUGAGCGGCAGAACCCUGGUGGUGCUCGGGGUAGAUGAGCGGGUGGUCCGCAGACUGGUUGCGGCUCUGGCCCUCUUUGUGCCUAAUCCCGGGAAGUGUGGAGAGCGGGUUCAAGCCUGGCUGUCCUGCCCCUUCACCCUUACUGACCUGCAGAGGUGGAAGCUUGUUGGGUUGCAAAGAGUGGCGUCCCCUGUGGGUUCCAGCAUGCUUUACUCGCUGUCCCGGUACAGUCGCUACAUCUCCAUCCUGGAUGCCGACCACAAGACCUUGCGCUGCCCGUCUUAUCGGGGUCACCUCCUUGCCAAAAUAGCAGACCACCGCACCUACAUCCGCCGCGGUUCCACCUACUUCCUCCACCUACAGAGCGCACUCUGUCACCUGGCAGCCAAGGCCUUCCUGUUUACCUUCACCCACCACCUCCACCUGCCGGUCAGCUCCAUGGAGGGGCCCGAGGUUGUGGAGGGCAGACGCCUCUGCUUCCUGCAGGAGCAGCUGGGUCUGGGUGAAGAGGACAGCCAGAUACUGCUCUACCUCAGCCAGCUCAUCACGCAGCAGUACCUGCAGCCGGUCGGCGGGAGCCGAGCAGCAGCAACUGGCUUUAGUUUCAACUACACUACCAGCGUUUUGUACAAAAUCUGAUAUCACACUGGGACAAGGAUUUUAACAAAAGCUCCUCUUAAACCCGUGGUUUUUAAUGGGCCAAAGGCGGUCCUAAUAAGGGCCACAGCCAUUUUAGUUACAGGACAAACUCCUGCAUUGGUUAUUAUUGGUUUUAUCUGUGUAAUCUCUCUCCGCCUUGCUGUCUUCUUCUCUGGUCUUUGCUCUUUCUUCUGUGUGCAGGAAAAAGGAGUCCGAGGGAGUUGUGAAUGUCACUGAGCGGUUCACUAUGCCUGUGUUUGCUCCGAAGCACGCCGACACUCUCUAACACAAAUAACCAAGCAGCCGAAGGUCGCUUUCACUUAUUGUCCUGUUAGUCAUUUGUGUGCGUUGCUUGCGCCGGCUUGUUUAAGAUCAAUCACCACCGCGCGCACACACACAUACACACAGAAGGGCACACACUUUCUCAAUCCAACAUUGCUGUCCGUGUACUGCGCUGGUCUGACCACAGCCAGCUCGCUAAAAGGUUAAAUGAUACCUCUGUGUUAACACCUACGAAUCACUGAGCCCGCUAUGAUGUCAUCUCAGUUAUCUAUAAACAUGUUUUUCAACAAAGUGACAUAUGCUGACAUUUUCUGUCUGUGGAGGACAGACGGCUCCCUGAAUCUGUCUUGCGUACGCUUAGCACCGCGAAGGCGUGUUAAAGCUGGUUUUGUGAUAUGCCUUUGUCUCUCUUUGGGAACGACAACAUAACCUCCGAACCCUAUCUUUUUCUUUUAAUAUUUCUUUUGUUAAUCAAUUUGAACCCCCAUCCUCUCAGUAAUCUCGGUCACGUUGUUGGAUCGUAACUCGGUAGUUUUGAUUCAUGAGGGCGAGGAGUAAACACUCCCGGCUUUCAGAUUGUGAUGCAUGAGGAAUUGUAUUUGCUGUGUGACGUAUAGCUCCAGUCGGCCCCACGUGAUAUUUGCAUGUGCGGAAAUAACGUCUCAACGAUACAUAUUCGCCCAUGUUUGUCUAUAAUGUGCUUUUGAGCAUUUUCAUGGAUAUUACUCAAACAGUCCAGAACAUCCUAAAGCUACUUAACCUAAAUGUAUUGAAUUUCACUGUUGUCUUAAAGUUGUGUGAGGGUGUUGUGGUGUCAGCAUGAGACUGUCUUGUGCCAGAGUGAAUCACCUUAGUGAUAAUUGUUUUUUUGUUUGUGUAUUUGGAUGAACUGACUAAGAAGAUGCUGAAGAACAGUUUGAGGAGAAGUUGCUGGGACAGUGGUGUUUUGUGAAGAUGUGCUAUGGGGGGAAAUAUAUUUUCCUGUGCCAUCGAAAGCAAAACUCUAAGCUUGGCGCUAGAAUUAGGACAGCAGCAUAUUAUUUAUUUACUUCUGACACGGAUGUGUGAUAUAAACAAAGCUGAACCAUAUUGAUUUCUUCAGGACUAAUCGUGGAUUUUGACCAUCUUCGUCUCUGGAGGAUGUUGGAGAACUUUACAUUUAAGUAAUCUUUUAAGUUAUGCCUCGUGGCCAGUAAAACAACACUGAACAAGCAUCUUUUGAUAGAAAUUUAGAUUUGACUGGUUCUGAUUCUGUAGCGUCAGGGAUGGAGCUGUAAUUCUGUAUCUGGAAUGGUAAUUGUACUUGUGACUGCAUGGUCAGUUUUAAUGUGAAAGGUCAAACAACGACGAACCAUGGCUUCCUGCUACGAACAAGACUGCUUUUAACUAACGUCACUAUUAAUACCACCUAAGUUAUUUUUUUAACUGCUCAAAUAACAAACAAUACUGCUAGUCUGUCCUUCUAAUGCUAAUAGAUGAAUGUAAUCUGGAUAAGCCAUACCACAGUGUGCUUAACACGCCAUCACUCAGUGUCCUUAUGUUGCCACAUCCUGCCCACCUUUUGUAUCCUGUCAUGGAGGAGUGCUUCAUAUCGGCACUGUGAGGCAUCGCUGUUGCCAGUGAUUUUAAAGCAAGUUGUGAAUGUCUUGAUGCUUUUAUGUAAAUGUUUAUUCAUUUAUUCCAUUAAAUUAUUUGAAUCCA